AUGGUCAGAGACGAAUGGUGGAAUAUUGGAGAGGGGCAGUUCAUAGACAAGUUGAAGGCUUUAACGGUGCCACUAGGAAAAUUGCAUAAAGAAAAAUUUGGUGACAUGGAUAAGAAAAUCCAGCGCUUUGAGGAGGAGAUCAAUAAGGUAGAUGACAUGGUUGGGAACGGAGUCUAUGAUGGUACAAUGGAGGCUAGAAGGAAGGCGUUAGUUACCUGUUGCAAGCAGUGGUAUGUGAGGAAAGAGAUACACUGGAAACAGAUGUCGUGCUCCAGGCAUGCGAACGACAUGGAUAAAAACACGAGGUACUUUCAUAACUUGGCGUCGGCUAGAAGAAGGAAUAAUAGAAUUGAUGCCUUGGUGAUUAAUGGAAGGUUGAUAAGAAAUCAAGCUAGGAUCAAGAUAGCCAUCAGAGAGUUUUACAGAGACUUGUAUCAUCAGGAGAGAUCUCCAGUGGUGGGUUUUAGGGACGGACUGGUUAAUCAGAUUGGCGAAGAAGAAUCGAGUGCUUUGGAGAGGAUACCGACUUUGGAGGAAAUUAAAGAGGCGGUUUGGGACUGUGAAUCCUCUAAGGCUCCAGGUAGUAACGGGUAUAAUAUGAACUUCAUCAAGAAGUGCUGGGAUGAGAUUGGUACAGAGUUCUCGACAGCUAUUCUAGACUUCUUUAGAUCAUCGAGAUUGCCUUCUGACUCCAAUAUUACUUGGAGUAGACCUCCGGCCGAUCAACAUGGUAGGCUGCAUAUACAAAGUAAUAUCCAAGGUGAUGGUUAG